AUGACCAGAAGAAACUACUGCACUUGGGCCGCAAGGGUGGACGUAGGGCCGGGCAGGCGCGCUCCAGGGCGCUGGGCCGCUGCCAAGGAACUGCUGCUGGGAGCGGCGCAGGGGCUUAAGGAAAAUCUGAGGGGCGCAGCGGCUCUGCCCUGGAGAUGCCAGUCAGGGAUUGCAAAGCACGAGGGUCCCCAAGAGGAGAAGGCGGAGGUGGGACACAGCUCUGUGAUACAACUUAAUGAGAGGAGAUUUCAGGAUGCUGCUAAAAGCAAUAAUUGGGAUUUCUUGGAGAAGCUGUUUGAAAAGAAGGUUAACAUCAAUGUCGUGAACAAUAUGAACCGCACAGCCCUGCACUUUGCAGUGGGAAGGAAUCAUUUAUCUGCAGUGGAUUUCUUGCUUAAACACAAGACCAGGGUUGAUGUUGCUGAUAAGGUAAACUUGGCUUCCUUCAGUAGAAUUGGUUGGUCUGGAAGCCUGGAGAUCAUGCUCAGGCUAGUGAAGGCUGGUGUGGACCAGAGAGCCAAGUAUCAGAAUGGAAUGAACACCCUCCACUUUGCAGCUCAGAGCAAUCAUGUGCGAAUCGCCGAGUACCUCAUUCAAGAUCGGCCCCUGAAGAACUUGAACCAGCCUAAUGAGAAAGGAAGAAAGCCAUUUCUUUUGGCAGCUGAGAAGGGCCAUGUUGAAAUGAUUGAACAACGUAUCUCCCUUAAUUUGCACACGUCAGAAAAGGACAAGGAAGGAAACACUGCCCUGCACCUCGUUGCAAAACACGGCCACAGUCCUGCUUGCUUCAGGUACUGCUUAACUCAGUAGCAAGAAGUAAAUGAGACCAAUGAGCUCCAUAGCAAUGUUUUGCAGAUAGCAGCUCAGAAUGGCCACACAUCACUUGUUACUUUUCUUCUUAGGGAGAACAUUCAUUUGUACCAGAAAGUGAAGACAAAGGAGUCCCCUCUUCAUUUAGCUGUUAUCAACAACCACAUCAGGGUGGUUGGUAAACAGUCUAUAUUAAGUGCACAGCAUGAUAUUGACAUAUUAAAUCAGUGGCAGCAAACCCCUUUGCAUGUAGCUGCUGAUCCUGGAAAUGUAGAACUAGUGGACACCCUCCUGAGAGCAGGCUGUGAUCUGAAGGCCGUUGAUAAGCGAGAAAACACAGCCCUAGUGGUGGCCUCCAGGAGCAACCGCAGCCUUGUUGUGGACAUGAUCAUUAAAGUGGAGAGAAGUACGGAAGGAUGAAGAGAUCAUUAAACCUGGAGAGAAGACCAUCAUAAGAUCCAAAACUCAUCAACCACCUUAACUCUGUCAUUCAAACAAGAUCACAGUUUGGAGACCAGGCAUAUUCGCACUUGCCUCUGGGAACUGGCUUAACAUCAGCUAAAGGCUAAUGAGUGGCAGAGGCUGGCCCAUUUGUGGAACUUCACAGGUGACCAGAUCUGAGCUAUUGAGGAGCAGUGGUCAGGAAAUGAAAGCUUUGAAUAUGGCCACCGGACUCUCCUCAUCUGGCUGCAUGGGACCCUGAUGACAUAGGCCAAUCGUCAAGAGCUGGGAUGUGCAUGUUUCCCAGAACUAGCUGAAAAGAUCCGUCUAUUCAGAAGUGAAACUGACUCAAGUUCCAAGAAAUGUGCAGUUUCAUAA